GUAAACUAUAACUAAAAUAUAAUACAAUCCACACUUCAAUCUCAAAAAAUAAUUAUACCGAAAUCUCAAAACCCAUCAAAUAUGCAAAUCAUUCAUAUAAUAGCCAUAAUCGCAGGACUUAUAGUCCUCACGAGCUGUGCCGAUGACCAGUGCUCGACGUUUAAGGACUGCAAGAGUUGUAUAGAAAUGAAGACCUGUUCCUUCUGGUACUGCGGCUCUCAAGACAAACUUGAAAACGGAACGGCAUGUAAAUCAGAUCACUAUAAGGCACCCGAAGACCCCUGUCCUCAACCAUUCAAAUGGCUUAAAAUACAGCAUAAAGGCAUAUGUCCUCAGGUACCCACCACCACAACUACAAGUACCACAACUACCACCACCACUACUACCACUAGUACAACUACACCAUCUACUACCACCAAUAAAACUACACCAUCUACUACCACUAAUGGCACCAUAACUACAUCGACCACAAAAGCACCGGACACAACCACCAGCAGCACUAAAUCACCGGAUACUACCACCGCUAACGGCACCACAACUAGCAAAGCACCGGACACACCCUCCACUUCUCCUGCCACUCCGAUACCUACUUCAAACAAACCGCAACCACAGCCCCAACCGGUGCCGCACACGGACUCCGACAAGAAG